UUCAAAGGACAGGGGUUACAGCGAACAUCUGUGCAUUAUUUUUGGAGAAAAACAACACGUAGCAUUUACAAAUAUUUUAAUAUUUGUCACGGAAAAAACUUAUGUAAAAGAAUUGCGCUGUUUACCACGAUCAUGGAAAGCCCCUACGUGACAAUUACGAGAAUAUCACUGCUGCUGGCCCUGAUAUUAACAGUGGCGUCCCAUGAAGCCAAAGAUUUUGACGAUUCAAUUUUGUACAAAAUUGAUUUUGAAGUGCCGGAGUUGAUUGGACAGCCGGAUUUGGGCAAUCAGCUACGAACUUUCUACACACCGGACAAGGAGAAAUACGAUUGUCUGAUUCCCACUUUGGAGCGUCAGAAAGAAGAGGAAAAGUCCGACAAGCCGGAGUUUUCUCCCAUCAGCUUGCUGCAGCCCAUUUUCUCCGCCUUGACCUGCACGUACCGCAUCGAAGCCUAUUGGUCCUAUGAGAUCUGCCAUGGCCACCAUGUGCGUCAGUAUCAUGAAGAACGUGAGGGAAAGAACGUCAAGUUCCAGGAGUACUACCUGGGCAAAUGGACCGAUGACAAGACCGAGUUGCUGACCAAAGCCUGGGAAGCUGACCAGAAGGCGGGCGUUAAACCAAAGUACAAGAGCCUCAAGAUCGAUAACACUCGGUAUCCCUACUUCGAGAUGGAAUACAGCGAUGGCACAAUGUGUGACAUUAUUGACUCUCCGCGCACCACGAUGGUGCGUUAUGUGUGCUAUCCCCACGGCAAGGAUGACGUCUACUCCUUCAAGGAGACCUCCUCCUGCAAUUACGAGGCCAUUAUACUCUCCUCGUCGCUGUGCGUUAUCCCUGGUUUUCACGCCGAGGAAACCAAAGAGCUGUCCAUACAAUGCUUCAACUCCGAGUCGGAGCCGCACAGACCGUUGAGCAUGCUGCGAUCGGAGUUAAGUGAGUGGGCUGAAUCCGAAGCGGACUUGUUGGUUUCCAAGGAAAAGGAAGGCAAGGCCCCGGCCAAAAUGUGGCCCAAGGCGGAUGGCGAUAUGGUUACCUUCAAGUACAGCGGCGACAUGGACAAAAUCAUACUGGAGCUCAUUGGUAAUGGAGACCUCGAGGGGGACAGCGAUUAUCAGCAACUUUUGCUGAACAGAGCAGCUGCUGGAACAGGGCCCACACCCAUCACCGAUCUGACGCCCAUAAGGGACUUCAUUUCGGGCAAGAACUGUCUAACUGGGGGAAACGGCUGGUGGAAGUACGAGUUUUGCUACGGACGACAUGUGCGUCAGUUCCACAAGGACAAAAACAACGAAGUUGAGCUCUUCCUGGGCUAUUUCUCAGAGGAAGCUCAUCGUGCCUGGGCCAAUUCCAAUCCGGAUAAGGGAGCCCGCCGUUCCGGGUUCUCGUCAUCCAUCUGGCACCAUUACGGGCAGGGCACCCACUGCGACCGCACUGGUGAGGCCCGCGAAGUGGAUGUGAAAUUGACCUGCACUCCUGUUACCAGCAGCGGCACUGCCGUGUCCAUGUAUCUGCUGGAGCCGAAGACGUGCCAGUACAUCUUGGUUGUAGAGUCGCCCACUAUUUGUGAUCUCAUGCAUUACGCGGACUCCCACGGCCUGGUCAAAAGUGAGAAUCUGCAGAAGGUUCUGGGCAGCGAGAAAUCGUCUUCGACGACUACCGCUCCCGCGCCCAUUCCCAGCCCAGAGGAAGAGAUCCGCUCUUAGGCUGUCCUGGUGUUCCAACUCUAGUGAAUUCUGUACUUUUAAAUACAUUGAUUGUAAUUUUAA